AUGUUGCCCGCAGGUGGCGGCGGUUACACGCCAAUCGCGUCACUACCAGUGGAGUUACUCCUGAUUAUCCUCAAGACCGUCUACAUCGACACAGUGAUGAUCUUCGAUCCGCACACCUUGUGCGAGGGCCCUUGCGACUGCAAGCUUGACUGGAACGAGGGAACCCUCACAGAAUGGAACGAUCACGACGAUUUGACAUCUCCUUCUGUCUUCCCCUACGCACUCGCAUCCGUUUGCAAGCAAUGGUACGACCUCAUGCUUCUCGUCCCCGAGUUUUUGACGCGCCUCGUUAUAUUUGUGGAUUCCCAGCCUACCUCUACCACAGAUUUGCGUGCCCAGCUUUCUGCUUCGCGCGACCGGGUUUUUGAGGCUCACAUCACCAACCGACAGGACGGUAUUGGUGAGGAUUUGAUGGAGAGAGCUCGGGUGCAGGCCGUGGUUGAGGUGUUAUCCCCACAUUUUCAUCGGUGCGAUCGGUUGACGUUUAACGUUAUGCACAACUCGUCUAUCCCCUCCAUCCGCCGCAACUUCAGCGGAGUCUGCCCGCUUUUGACGGAGCUAUUGAUAGAAUGCAAGAUACAUGAUUCCAAACCAAAAGAAGUCGGCAAGAACGAAGUGAAAGCACCCCCUCUCUUCCCCAACCUUGACCGCAUUGCCUUGACGGGAUCCGCAUUCGCCGACGCCUACGAACAUCCAAGCUGGCUCAGUGGAAUAGAGACGAAGAGGCUGGCGCUGUGCAAAAUCUCCCACUUGUCUUCCAUCGACGUCCCUGAUCUCACCUUUUUCAACUUCCUCUCUGUUCUGGGAAGGUUCAAAGGCAGCAUGAUCAGCCUCGAAUUGAACCAUGUCGACCUCCCUACCUUUCCACUGGUUGAGGAUUUACCUGACGACUGGGAUUACCAACUCGACUUCAGUAGCCUCCACCUCGAGGGUCUGAAAAAGGAAACAUUUCAAGAAUUCGGCCACUUCACAAACACUUCGCGGUACUUAGAGUCACAAACGAUCCGAGCCUGUGAGCUCACAGAUCACGGCAUUGGCCAUUCAUACUACCUCGACGUGCAAGAUAUCAAAAACACCGAAGAGUUACUGUCUGUCGUCCCCACACUCUCUAGCCGCUGCGUCAGUUUCGUAUCCUGCGGAGGCCUCAACGACGCUGUUUUAGAGCGUCUUUCAAUGCGAGACCCUUACACGGGCGAGUGGGGCCUUGAAAAUUUGCAAGAUCUCAAUAUUUUGAAUAGCCCCGAGAUUUCUGUUCAGGGGCUGAAGCGCUUGGUAAAGAGCCGAAUCGUUGAAGCGUCAGCACGUGGAUACGGAAAGGAUCCAAACUACGACGACUUUGAUCAAAUGGCGCCUAUAGCCUCCCUGUCCAUCUCCCGCUGCGUUGAUUUCUCCGCGGUAGACGUUCAAUGGUUCAAGUCGAGAGUGAAAGACUUUUCAUAUGUCUUUAACAUGUAUCGUCAAAAUCGGACGGCGCUCGGGCUAGUGAACAAAAAUACAAAGUACGUUCCCCAGGUCUCUUUACCCAACACUGUGACGCCUAUCGUCGUUCAUCGCGGCCAGGAUCACCUUAAACCACAAUACAUUCAUCGCUCGCCCAGAUCUAAUCCGAAUUGGCAACUGGCAAACCGCCGCCCCCUCGUCUCCCCUUACCUACUUGGAUGA